CUACACUGGGCCCACCCAGGCUAUCUAGCUACCAAGCCAGAAAUGAUCCUUAAUUUUGACCAUAAAGAAGAGUGAUGGAGCAUAGAAAAUGAAAUGCAAUGUCAGUACUUUUCAGAGAAUUCAUACAGGAGAGAAACCAUAUGAAUGUUCAGACUGUGAGAAAGCCUUCUCCACUAAGGCACAUCUUACGAUUCAUCAGCGAAUUCACACAGGAGAAAGACCAUAUGGCUGCGGCAAAUGUCAGCAGGCUUUUAUCCAGAAGUCUGGUCUCACUAACCAUCUGCAAAAUUGUCACGCGAGAGUGAAAUCUCAUGGAUGCAGUGAAUGUGGGAAGGUUUUGUCCUAUAAGUCAACUCUCAUUAUACAUCAGAGAACCGAUACAGUCUGCGACGAGAGAAGAAUUAGGCACAAACAAGUCAGCUGCAAGAGAUUGGGAGCAGUGGACAACGGUCGAAAAGGACUGCUGCCAGGAGCUACUCCACAGUCUCACUUUUAUUGGGUAGAAAACAAUAGCCAACAGAAGGACUGAUGAAGGUCACACGUUAGUCCCGUCUUGCAGCAAGGAGGAGGGUAAAGUUUCUAGUUAACCAGGCACAUUCAAAGGACUCAUCUAACAACGGGCGCUUCUGGGAAGAGAAAGGAGCAAUAACGGAUAAGGGAAGCAGGCGGUUUUCGUUCCACCCUGAGCUGACCGGGUGUUCCCGGGUGCUCGGCUUCCCUGAAGCAGGCGGCGUUCCGCCCUGGGCAGGCCGGGCGUUCCUGGCUGCCCGGCUUCUGUGAAGGGGCGGCAUUCCGCCCUGAGCGAGCCGGGCGUCCCCAGCUGCCCAGCUUCACGAUCAUACAUCGGCCUUCUCCCCAAAGACCUGUUGCCAGUAUGUAUUUCUUAAGGCCAUGUCUAAAUGUGCUUGGUAACUAGUAAAAUCCUCCAGGGGUUACAGUUUAAGUAACAUUGUUCCGAGGGGCAGCAGCAAAUAAUGCAUAUAUUUGGAAAAAGUACCAUUGAAAAACUGUUGAUUUUUAUCUGUAUUUUGAGUGCCAGCAUUCUUGCAAUGAUAAGGCAAGAUUAAAUGGUAAAAUAUUAAUGGUAAUUAAUGAAAAAAUAACUGCUUAGCAAAACAGAUGCAAAUAUAUCUUCUUCAUCUUAAUAGGUAUUAGCUACCAAAGCUUGACAGCUAACUUCACACUGAAUGAGCAAACUUGAGAGAUGUUCCCUAGUUGUUUGGCAGUGAGGUCUGCUGCAGCAUCUCUCCUGAGCUAGAGAUCUUAACCAGCACAAUAUGUCAAUAAUAAAAAUGAAAGGGCUUACUAUUGCAAAUGAAGAAAAAAGUUGUCAUUAUUUGCAGAUGACCUGAUUGCCUAGAUGGAAUGACAGGUGAAUCCACAGACAGCCACGGAGAAUAGUAAGAGUUCAACAGGAUUCUCUGGAUACUUGAUCAAUAUGCAGCUUCAGUUGAGUGCCAAUAAAGUGCUAGUAUAUAAAUACAUUAUCAUACUAAGGAAGCAUCAUAAAGUCCUACAUCCUUGAGUGGUUUUUUAAAAAUCAUGUUGAUUUUUGUCAAAAGCUAUUUUUAGCAUCAAUAUUGACAGUCAUAGAAUUUUCUUCUUAGAUAUAUUAAGUGAAUUUUAUAAUAAUAAAACAUAUAUGGUGCAUUUUAGCGUUAUUAUUUUAUUAAUAAAAUUCCUGUUCUUUCA